AUGGUCCUCCACAACCCCAACAACUGGCAUUGGGUUAACAAGGAUGCUUCAGCCUGGGCGAAGCAGUACCUUGAGGAGAGCUUGACAAAGGUUGAGUCGACAGAUGGUGGUGUCACGGCAAAGAUUAGCAAGGUUGUGAGCAUGGAUGGCGACGUCGACGUCAGCCAGAGGAAGGGCAAGGUCAUCACCAUUUACGAUGUUAAACUCGUACUAGAAUACUCCGGCACCACCGCUGAUGAGGCCGAGGUUUCGGGCACCAUCACCGUUCCUGAGGUCGCUCACGACACCGAGGAGGACGAGUUUGUGUUUGAUAUCGACAUCUACUCCGAGUCAAAGGAGAAGCAGCCUGUUAAGGAUUUGGUUCGCUCUAAGCUUGUUCCCCAGCUGCGUCAGGAAUUCCUGAAGCUUCCCGCUGCUCUGAUUACCGAGCACGGCAAGGAUAUCCAGCACGCACCAGGUUCCAACCCUUCGAGCGGCUUCUCCACGCCCAAGUACCAUCCCCAGGGCUCAACCUCAAAACCUUCCGCUUCAACGAGCGUUAAGAGCAGUAGUGGCAAGGUCGUGAACACUGUCACUCUGACUGAUACUGCCGAGUUCCGCACCCCCGCGGAAGAGGCGUACCAGACUUUUGUCGACCCUGCCCGUAUUGCUGCAUUCACCCGGGCUCCUCCUAAAGUUUUCGAGGGCGCCAAGAAGGGCGGAAAGUUUGAGUUGUUUGACGGAAACGUCACAGGCGAGUAUCUUGAGCUCGAUCCCCCAAAGAAGAUUGUCCAGAGCUGGCGUCUGAAGCAGUGGCCGGAGGGCCAUUUCUCCAAGUUGAGCAUCGAGUUUGACCAAAAUGAUGUUGACCAUGUCACGCUGAUGCGUGUCAACUGGGACGGAGUCCCUGUUGGCGAGGAAGACGCCACGAGACGCAACUGGCAGGAGUACUACGUCAACAGCAUCAAGCGCACGUUCGGUUUUGGCACCAUCCUGUAG